CAAUUGACAAUGCAUCCAAUGUCAAAGUCAUGGAAACAAACAUGUACUGUCAAAGAAAUUUCCGAUAAUUUUAUAGUUUUAUCCCAAACACAUCAAAUUUUCAAUCAAUUUGUGCUUAUUUUAGUAAAUUUCGCGGCAUUGACGGCAAUGACUUAACCAUAUGGACCUAGUUUAUCUUUUUUAAUUUCUGUCGAUCAUAGAUUGGACCAUAGAAUGCACCGGAGGUCUCAUAAAGAUCCAGACAACAAUCAAGAUCGGGACCGGGAGCCUCAAAAUUACUCAUCUCCAGAGGAACGAAAUUGUCCAUUUAAUAUGCCAUAUCAUCGACCUCCACAGGACAGUCAACAGGGACAUUUAGCGCCUUCUUAUUGUCCUUACCGGGGGCCUGUUUUAAAUCCUCAGUCUCGACGCAGGAGCUGUUGCUGCAACGUGAUGUGAAAAAUCUUCUUAGAACUUCAAAUGUUCAGAGGAAAAACAUCAGAAUCUAGUUUUAAUUUAGAUAUGAUGUUCCCUUUACAUCUCAAAUUCCUGGUGGGUUAUUUCCCGGAACCAGAAUAUGGAUUCGAGGAGCCAUGCAUCACUGUGCUAAAAAGUUCACUAUUGAUUUUCAAUGCGGUCCUGUGGCGGAAAAGGAUGAUAGUGCGUUUCACAUAAGUAUGCGACCUGGGGAGGGAGUUGUGCGAAAUACUUUUCAGAAUUAUGAAUGGGGUCCCGAAGAGCGAACUUCCAGUUUUCCAUUUGUACCAGGGCAACCUUACGAUAUUGAAAUAGAAGUUCACAACGAAAAGUUUAGUGUUCGCAUAAAUGGAGAGCACUUUUUCGACUAUAUUCAUCGGAUACCUUUGGAUAUGAUUUCAUAUAUUCUUAUUGUUGGAGACACGACACUUCAUUAUGUUGGAUAUUAAAAUGUUGAUGGUAAAUUUUGGUGC